AUGAAAGAUUUACUACGCGGUCAACGGUUUGAAGACCCCGAAGCAGCUGUGGAAGCGUACAAAUCAGCCAUUUUGUCAACAUCAACUUCAGACUGGAAUUACUGUUUUAAUGAUUGUGAUACAAAGAGUGAAAAUAGUAUUCCGGAGUGGGCGAUUGUUGAACUGCAGGGUCUCAUACAAAUGAAAAAAGAUUCAACAUUUGGUCCCACUGUCAUUGGGGACUUGCAUUACUUUAACAGAAACAAACACCCUGUGCUUGUACUCGGUCAUCAUAUAUUGAAUGGGAAGGAAGUUAAAUUGGAACAACCCAUGGCAGUCAUCGAGAAAGUCAAUAUUGAAGGAAAGAUGGAAUAUAAAGUGAAAGCUAUUGUCAAAAAGAAAUUGUUAUUUAAGUCCAGACCAAAGCCAAUAAUAUCUAAUGUUUCUGAAAAAAUUUGA